GAACUGUGAAUGGACCAUCAACAACCACCGUCACCGUGCCCCGAAGAUGACGUAACCACCGUAACAGAAAAAUCCGAUAAGAGGAGGGGAGGCACGCGCCACCCCGUGUACCGUGGGGUACGGAAGCGGCGUUGGGGCAAAUGGGUGUCAGAAAUUCGGGAGCCACGGAAGAAAUCGCGCAUAUGGUUGGGGUCGUUUCCGGUGCCGGAGAUGGCGGCGAGAGCAUACGACGUCGCAGCGUACUGCCUCAAAGGUCGAAAAGCGCAGCUCAACUUUCCCGACGAGGUGGAUCACCUGUCGCUUCCGUCGACCUGCACGGCCAGAGACAUUCAAGCGGCCGCGGCCAAGGCGGCGCAUAUGAUGAAAGCUUCGCCUGAUGAGAAGAGUGGCAUUUCGUCCGACGGAGACAGCGCCGGCGACGAUUUUUGGGGCGAGAUUGAGUUGCCGGAGCUGAUGGGCGGCGAGUCUUGCUGGAGUUCUCCCGGCGGUUCUUCGUGGAAUUCGGCCGGCGACAUCUCGGCGUGGCCGGAGGUUGAGCUUUUGCCGCAGCAACCGUUCAUGGCGUGUCUAUAAUCUAUAUCUGUAUUAAUGCUGCUCAGUGGUUGGUAUGUUUCUUAUA